UUCAUAAAACUACGUUUAACUUGAUUCUUGAUUCUGUGGAAAAUGUUUUAAUGUUGUUAGCUCCAAAGUUGUUGUGAAGCAAUCGUACUUAUUUAAAUUUCUAGCCCUGGAAACAGGACUUUAUUGAUUUUAAGAAGUGUGGUUUAGUUGUAGGUCUAAAACUAUUAAAAUCUUCGUCAGAAAAUGGACUUUUGAAAUUUUGGUGAUUUUGUCAGUAUUAUUUUAACAAGUUUUAGAAAUUUAUUCGACCACAAAAACAUUUUUUGCCAAUCAUACAUUUUAGUGUCCUAGCCUAAUGGUCUGGUCCUGUUCUAGGCUUAGUUGCACAACCCAACACAAAGUGGUAAGCUAAGUUAGGCCCUUUUCUCUCAUCCAUACACUCUGGCUUCAGAGCCUAAAAUUACUUGAAUGUCUGUUUCUACAAAAUGAAUGGAUUUUUCAACAUCACUGAUGGAUCAUACUUUGACUAGGAGAAAGCCUAAUUCUCCUUGGCACCAAAAUCCUAAUGCAGCUAUGCCGAAGACUCCAGCAAUCAUGCAAUCAAUGGACAAUCCUUCAUUAAUUUUGCUGAAUCGGGAGAGCUCUUUGGAAGCAAGUGAUCGACUGAAUUCAAAUGCAUUCGUUCCACCAGAUGUUACGCUCAAUUCUGGCUCUGAAUUCCAGUCAUUGAAACUUGUUCCCAGUUUGGAUGGCCAUAUUAUGUCAAGUUGUAGCUUCCUUUUACUAGACAAGGAUGAAGUAUUACAAGUGGCUUCCGCUGAUGCCUUCCUACAACGGCUCCAUUGUCAGGACCCAGCUACUCGGGUCAAAGUAGUGUCAAUUUUUGGCAACACUGGAGAUGGGAAAUCAUACACAAUGAAUCAUGCCCUCUUCAAUGGUGAGGAUGUUUUCCGAACAUCUAACGAACAAGAUUCGUGCACACUUGGUGUUUGGGCGGCAUUCGAUCCAAAAUUGAAUAUUAUUUGCUUGGACACAGAGGGACUUUUGGGCUCGACACGUCACAAAAAUCAAAGAACGAGACUUCUUUUAAAGAUUCUUGCUGUGUCGGACAUUGUGAUCUACAGGACUAGAGCUGAGAGACUUCACGAGGACAUGUUCACUUUCCUCGGAUCUGCCUCCCGAGCCUACACACAGCACUUCCAAAAAGCUCUUCAGUCAGUGGGUAAAAGAGGGGAAUUCGGAGGUCCACUUUCUGCUCUUGGUCCGUCCGUUAUCAUAUUCCACGAGACCAGAAAUACUCUCACAUUGAACACAGGGCGUGAGAGUGCCGAGGACAUGAUACGCGCCAGGUUCGCGCAGUACGGACUGGAGAUGGACGCGUUCAGCAGCGUCCGUUACAUCGGCACACAGACUGUCUCCCCUCCCACCAACUUCAGAGAUCUGCGCGCAGCGAUCGUUGCAGAACUGAAUAACACUGCAGUGCGCAGUCCUCGCAGUCCGCAGUUGGUCUUUACCACACUUAAGAUACUGAAUGACAAGUUCAGUGGCAGACUUGACAACAAGGGGCCCCCGCUGUUCCCCGACCAGUACUUCACUUGCCCUGCCGUGUGUCUGUCUUGUGACCGAAGGUGUGACCUCAGCAUGGGACAUAUGAGUGAGAACCAACCACACACCAACAAACACAAGUGCAGAUUCCAACAUCAGUUCAACAACUGCCUCUACCUUUGCAAGGCUUGCCAUACUCAAGGCAAGGAAGUCAUAGUCUCGCCUGAAUACUCAUCUAGCAGUGAAACGUCUUGGUUUGGACUUGCUAAGUACGCUUGGUCAGGGUACGUCAUAGAGUGUCCCCAUUGUGGCGAGAUCUACCGAAGCCGUCAGUUCUGGUACGGGAACACUCCACCAGAGAUGACUGCCGUGCGUUCCGAGUACACUCACGUCUGGCCUGGGAGCCCUUGCAGUGCGUUGAGCACGCAGAACUCAGCCCAGCGAGUUAUAGAUAGCAUGAGUUAUGUGUUUGAUGGAGUGGUUAACGUAAGCUCGCCCCCCACCAAAGCCCUAACGUCUUUCUUGGCAGAUCAGAUAGCUCCUAAGUAUUGGAGGCCCAACCAUGAAAUUCGGAGCUGCUGUGUCUGUCGACGAGUGUUUGGUGCUGGCGACACCAAACAUCACUGUCGUGCCUGUGGCGAAGGAGUCUGUGAGGACUGUUCAUCACACUCUCGCACAGUGCCUGAGAGAGGUUGGGAGUACCCGGUCAGAGUGUGUGACAAGUGCUACAAAAAUAACGGAGACGUCAGUUCGGAGUCCAACACCAGUCUUGGGGCAGAUGACGCUGAAGUGAGAGCUCGCAAGUACGGAGAAACUACAGUCAAUGCUGUCAGCUCGGUCAUGCAAUAUGUGCUUGAGUAUCCAAAAUCUGUCAUCAAGGACUCAGCUAGGCCGAGCUACUGGGUGCCAGACGUUGACAUCAAGGAGUGUUGCGUCUGCUCCACCUCGUUCGCUCCCCCCCGCCUCAGGCCCCAUCACUGCCGAGACUGUGGCGGAGGUGUGUGUCCCCGCUGCUCCUCUCGUCGCCGUCCCGUCCCCCACCGAGGCUGGACAGAUCCUGUCCGCGUGUGUGACAAUUGCGCCAAGAAAGAUUAACCCUACAUUCCCCCUUAGUUCACUUUCAGGUACAUUUCGGAACCCCAGUUUUCCAGUUUGGGAUGUUAUUUUUAUGGCAAAAUUUGUGGCUUGGUUCAGUAUAAAAUUGUUUUCCUGUCUAGUUGAAGUUGAUAGUUUAAACUGGUGCGAAGGGGUCUUUUUAUUUUAAAGUGAUCUUUCAAUGAGUAUGAAGUUUAAUAUGUGAUCGUUAUGGUAAAACUUCGAUAUAUCAAAAUAAAGGGGCGAGACAGUUUCCAUUUAAAGGAUUUUUAUCACAUAAUUAAUAAUUGGAGUUUAAUGAUUCCGACAUCUAAAACGGAAGUUUUAAAAGUUAUUGUAAUAAAUUUUCAGUUAAAAAUCCACAACUAGCCUACUGUUUACAAAAAAUAUUUUUCUAAAAAAACAAUAAAAUUUUUUUUACCAUAUGACAUUUGUGUUGUCGUCUGCUCCAUUAAAUUCCUAUGGCCAAGCCGGCCAACUACAUACACCAAGAGUAGUUCCUGGUGCUUAGCUAAUUUUUCUAUUGAUUUGAGUAUUCUAUUUUGGCUUAGGUUAGCCUGAAUUUUGUUCUCAUUGAGAAAGAAUGAAUUAAUGUAUAAUUAACUUGCCUAUGAAAAAGUCUCAGGCAAUUGACAGCACAACAAAAUCAAAACAUAAUGAUUUCAUAUUUUGCUCCUACACAAAAAUCAGAGCGCUCUUUCUUCUAAAAGCUAAAAAUGCACAUGUUUAAAUCUCUUUAUCUUUUAUUAAAGUUUACUGUUCUAACUUUUAUUUAGCUGCAAAUAAUUUUCUAAAUUGCAGUGUGAUUGAAAACUAUUGAAGGUGCAUCCUAUUUAAAAGAUUUUACAGUGAGAUUUUUGUGUCCAUAUUAUCUCCCAAACUGGAAACUUAAGUCAACAGUAUUUCAGUAAAGAAGGCUGACUAGGUUUUAACUUGUUAAUUUUGGAUAUUUUAUUUCUAGUAAAUUUCAGGCCAAAUGACAGUUCAGAAUUGAAUUAUGCAUUAUGAAAAACUUUCUUUUCAAACUACUUAAUUGUAUUCUACUGUGUGAACCUUUAGUCUUAUAAGUAUUGAAUACAUUGAAUUACCUUUAUUGUAUUUUUUAUCCUGUUUUUCGUAAAUGGUCGUAUACUCUAGAGGCAGUUAGGGUUUGGAAGAAAAGGUUUUGUAGAAAUCGCUCAUUUUGUUAUUUACUUAAGUAUGUUUUACAUUUUUAGUUAUUUGUUCACAUAUAUUAUAGCCAGUGAACAAGAUUAUAUUUCUGAAAUCAUUGAUACAUUUUCACUUUCACUAAAAAUGCCCAUAAUUAUUUUUCAAUCUUUAAUAACUUAAACAUAUUUUAUUGGGGUGGGCGAGUAGUGACUUUGAGUUGAUUAGGGAAUCAAAAAUUAAAGGAGAGAAAAGUAGCAUAUGAGUAGUUUUUAUUAGUAUACGUGAAAUAUGUUUGUCGAUAUUAUAGAAUUAUUUCAAUUACCAUGCAGUGACACUGUUCAUUCGUUAAGCCUAUUGUUUAUUAUUUACCUAAGGUUAACAAACAUAACUUGAUCCUUGAAAGUGGUUUUGGCUUUUAUAUUUUGUGUGAGCCAUGAGUACUUUUCAUAAAAUCUUGUUGCCCACCCUUAUCAUAAAAACUUAGCUAUAACAUUUUGAUUUCACUCGAAAAAAUGUUUUAGCAAGUAUUUCACUGCCACGAUAACUAAUCUUAAUAACUAUGGUACGUGACUUGAACAUUUGUGGAUACCGGUACAGCAUUGUCUCACAGCGUAGAAACCACCUAGCUUUGUAACUGGUUCAGAGUUAGGGAUCAAGCUGGUCUCUUAUAGAGCUCAGUACUUCAGUCCCCAAGGUCCCAGGUUCAAAUCCUGCCAAUCACCAAUAGAUUUUAUCUAAAUUGGUAAUGCUGCGAGUACCUCCAAACCUAGCCUGAAGUAAUGUGGAAAAACAAUCCCGUGCUAGAACCUUGAGGAAUGAAAAAAAACUGUCUUAAUUUUUUAACGGGAAAUUGAUUAAGUAAUUGAUUAGUCAACAAGGGUACAGUGUUCUUCGCAUUUUGUCGGUCACUUACCAUAGGUUUCUAGGUAGUCAAGGCAGUGAUAAUCAACACAAUUACAUAACUUGUAGCUCACCACGGUGUUUUUAUAGAAAAAUAUAUCUGGUCUCAUUGUAUAAUCUUAGCAAACUUAGUUUGCAACCAUGCUGCUCCAAUUUAGAGUAUGGAAAUUUCACAUUGUGAGGUUACCAGCCUAUGAAUUCCUUCACUACAUUCUAAACUAAGUUUUCUUAUUUAAUAUCAGUAGUUGAAGCAGGUUUUGUGAGAUGAAUUUAAUCGUUCAGAAUCAAUGGAUAUAUUUAUCAAAUUACUCUUUUGGAUUGUUUUAUUUUUUUAUAAGUAAAUAAAUGCAUUUAACAAUUUCAUUGCAUUUUAACCUUAUAGCACAAUUGCGUACCGUUCCUUCUUUUUUAUUACAUUUUUAAUUGUAAAUUUUAACUGUUUAUACUUUAUAUGAAUUUGAUUUAUCUGUUCGACCCAUAACCGCAAUGUACAAAACUGUAAAUAAAACCGAAACUCCUGUGAUAUGUUGAAAUUGAAUACACUGUGACACAAAUUUUAUUUAUGUGAGAGUAACCUGUAUCGUCUCACUUUAUUUUCAUUGUGUAAACAUAAAUAUAUAGCGGUAGUCCAUUAGGUGUGGAAUAAGAUUUAUAUUUUGUAAGGCAAGAUUCGAUGUGCUGCUGUAUGUUAUGAAUGCACACGUGAGAAAACUAUGAACCUUGUACUGUGUCUACAGAAUGCAAAGAUAAUCGUAUACCAAGGGUUAGAAUUUACUUAUUGAAGGGUUUUUGUUUUGAUGGUUCAGUUACAUGUCUGUAAAUCUAUAAGAUGACAAAAAGUUAUCUUGUACACACAAAUCAGAAAAUAUUUUACCAACUUAAUUUUAUACCUGUUUUACUGUUAUAUUCUACUAAUAGGUAUUACAGUGUUGUUAAAACAUUUAGCACAUAACAUUGUUGACAGCAGUGCUAAGGUUCAUUAACAUAAGUUGUGCAAAGUCCAAAUCUGGACAAGGAAAGGCUGUGAAUGGAUUACUUCAGUUACGCACAUUUGUAUUUUGGAAAUAGACUUGUAAUUAAUUGUUUGUAUCUCGAUAAAUAAAUACAAAUUAACAAGA